GCGAAAAAAAACAACGAGAAAAAAUAUCCUACGAGAUUUGAUCGAGACUUCGGGAAACUGAUCAUGUGACUCGAAUGGCGACUGACAGAGUGAGUUAAGCAGUCAGAAUAGCAGCAGAAAAUAAUAACACCACCAUGACAAAUGUUCUGGGUGUAGACAAGAUUCAAGAUUCUUUGGGCUACCUUGUUCUCACUGAUGACGGAGCAGUGCUCAGUUCUGGAGGAGAAUUACAAAAUGCGGAGACCAUUGCAGAGAAAAUGACAAAACUUGUGUACACAGCAGCAAAAAUACAAGCCACAUCAGAUAAACGGGAAGUCUUCAAACGAAUUUCAGUGAUUUGGGAUACUUUCAUGUACGUGGUGACAGUAGCAAACCACCGUAUCUAUGUGUGUAAAAGACCCUAUAUGCCACAGGACCCUGUUGUCACAUAGUGUCACAUAGUGACAGAGGAAGUCGGUCAUAUUGAUAUAGUCACACUGUGCCAUCAUUUUAGGAAGCUGCAAUUAUGGGCCUGCAACAGGAAGCAGUGUCACACCAGAGAACAGCCAGCUUCUAGCAAACGUUACCAGCAACUGAAUUUCAAAUAUAUUUCUGUCUGAUUUUGAGAAAAUAUUAUUUGAAAUAUCAUUGAAGGACAAUAUGUUCCAAGGAAACAAAAGUUACUUCCAUUUAGUAAAAAAUAGCUUGAAUUUCUUUGACAUAUUUCUGUAUGAUUUUGAGAAUACACUAUAAAAAUGUAUAUAUAUAUAUAUGCACACUAGUACUUCUAUAAAUGUUUAUUUCAUGAUUUAAAGUACCUGUAGUUCAAAAUACGCGUUAGCUUCAAAUCCUAACUGUGACAUUGAUUUUGUGACAUGAUUGAAAUACUCUCCUGUUUAUGCCAACCAGUUCCUGUGAAGCUGUAUAUUCUAAAUGACAUGAUAUGAAUGUAAUAUUGGUAUUGAAAUUCAUCUUUUAAAUAUGAAGAAAUGAAACAUUUCAGUUACUUUUGACAUGAAUGGGAAAAUUUUUAAAAUGGGAGACAUGUUUGUGUGUUAAAGUAAGAAAAGUUUUUGUAAGGAAGAGAGUAUGAUUUACAAGGAAGAAAGUGAAUUUGUACAGAAUAAAAUUCAUGUGUUUGAUAUUUGAUAUUAAACUGUGAAUUCUGAG